UUAAUCAAUACAUCACGAUGUCACGUCAUCUUUUUCUUCUCCUGAUUAUUUUAAAUCUAAAUUUACUUAUUUCUAAACUCAAAACAACUUUUGGUGCUGACGUCAUAAUUAGACAAUUAACAAUGAGAUGAAAAUAAAAAUGACGCCACCAACAGGUUAAAGUUCAUCAGCAGCAGCACUUUUAUCUCCAACGGCCUGAAUGUGGAAAAAGUGACACUGAAUUACAUCCAAUACCCGAGCGGUGACAUCACUCUCCUCCACGAGUGGGCCGCCCUGAUUGGGCGGCGCCUCCAGCCAAUCAGAGGGCACACACACGGGAAGCGUUUAAAAAGAUUCAGAACCGUGUCGGAAAGUUGUCCCAAAGCUUCACAGCCGUCACUGAGCUCGACGGAAACAGAAGAAUCUGCCGCAGAAGAAGAGGUUUAAUCAAAGCAGAGAAACAGAGAAGAGCGGGAAUUGUACCGGGAAUUGUACCGGACUUUGUUUGUUUCGUGUUGGGGCAGAGAACGUUAACGUGCUGCUCGGUUUAUAAAGCCCUCCUUCAGCUUCAGCUUCAGCCCCAGCCGUGACGUGACGUGACCCAGACAGCAGGAUGUCAACACAUUUCAGGAGCGGCCCAGCCUUCGGACUGUCGGCCGAGGUCAAGAGUAAAGUAAGUUUGGACAACGUUUCUUUGAUUUCUGUGCCACAUCAAACACUAAAAAAAGCACCUCGGGCGGGCGAGGAGCUGAGGCUGUGGAUCGAGGAUCUGACCGGCAAGAAGAUCGGAGACGGCUUCAUGGACAGUCUGAAAGAUGGAGUCCUGCUGUGCGAACUCAUCAACGUUCUCCAGCCUGGUUCAGUGAGGAAGAUCAACCACUCCAGUCAGAACUGGCACCAGCUGGAAAACAUCGGGAAUUUUGUGCGUGCCAUCACGGAGUACGGCCUGAAGCCACACGACAUCUUUGAAGCCAAUGAUCUGUUUGAGAACGUCAACCACACUCAGGUCCAGAGCACGCUCAUCACUCUGGCUGGAAUGGCCAAAUCUAAAGGCGUCCACUCCACCCACGACUUCGGGGUGAAGUACGCUGAGAAGCAGCAACGCCGCUUCGCUCCCGAGAAGCUGAAGGAAGGACGCAACGUCAUCGGCCUGCAGAUGGGCACCAACAAGCUGGCCAGCCAAAAGGGCAUGACCUCUUACGGCACACGCCGCCAUUUGUACGAUUCCAAGAUUGGCAUGGACGCCCCCGUGGACCAGUCCACCAUCAGCCUACAGAUGGGCACCAACAAAGGAGCCAGUCAGGUGAGUAGGGCUGUGUUCUGAGUGUGUUCCACCGUCAUGUUCCGGUGGGUUCUCAGGAUUUAAGAAUAAAAAACAAACCAGAAAAAAUCUGUUCAUUCUUUGAGUCUGUCCAGCAGUUGGU